AUGGCCGCACCCAGCUACGACUACUCGUUUGACGCCUCCCUCGCCACGUUCAACAUAUCCAAGGCGGCCUUUCUCGCCGCCCACCCUCACAUUGCGCGCGUCAUGGCCGCCGCCAUGGUCUUCCGGCCGUCGUCCCCGCCGCGGACGCUGCUCCUGUGCCGCGCCGCCACCGACACGUACCCGCUCAAGUGGGAGGUGCCCGGCGGCAGCGUCGACGCCGCCGACGCCACCAUCCUCGACGGCGUCGCCCGCGAGCUCUUUGAGGAGUCGGGCCUGACCGCCACCCGCCUGGCCGCCCCCAUCCUCAUGAGUCCCGAGGAGCCGCUGCCCGAGCCCGUGCGCGCCGGGCUCGGCAUCCAGCCGCAGCACGAGACCCUCGGCCACGAGGGGCUCACCGUCACCUUCGUGGAGUCGAGGAACCUGUGGGCCAAGCUGACGGCGCUCGUCACGGUCCGCGCCGACGACGAGGUCCGCCUCACCCCCGAGGAGCACGGCGAGGCCGCGUGGGUCUCCGAGGACGAGGUCCGCCGCGCCGUGCUGCCGCCAAAGGAAGAGGGCGAGGGCGAGAGGAAGCUGGACUUUGUGAGCGAUGGUGUGCGCAGGUCCAUCCUGGACGGCUUUCGAGUAUAUGCGGAGAGCGUGGCAAAGGAGAGCAACCAAGCAUAG